AUGGGGACAGAGCUUGGGUAUGUAACAAAUCCAUCAGAUCCAUCCUUGUCCAUAACUCAGAACCUUAGCCAAGCCUCUUCAAGUUACAAAUGUGAGAAAUGCCCUUUGUUUACGAUCAGAGACCAGCUCUCAUGUAUGAUUCUGCACGCACAGUUCAGAGUGAAUGACCCUGGGGCUAUAGAAAACCUGCAGCUUGCUGCUUUGGCCCUGGGUGCUGGCAUGGAGCCUCAGCUUCAUAUCUCUGUGUUCUGUUGUUGGCUGAAUGAGGAGAGCACACGAAUUGUCAGGGUGAAGGUUAUAGCUGGAAUUGGUCUGGCCAAGAAGGAUAUCCUAGGAGCCAGUGACCCAUAUGUGAAAGUGACAGUGUAUGAUCCAGUGAAUGGAGUCCUUAGCAGUGUUCAGACAAAAACUAUUAGAAAGUCCUUGAACCCAAAGUGGAAUGAGGAACUUUUAUUUCGAGUUAAUCCUCAGAAACACAGACUCCUUUUUGAAGUGUUUGAUGAAAACCGUUUGACUCGAGAUGAUUUUCUUGGGCAAGUGGAUAUUCCCCUUUAUCAGUUACCGACAGAACAUCCAAGUAUGGAGAGACCAUAUACCUUUAGGGAUUUUGUUCUUCAUCCAAGAAGCCAUAAAUCAAGAGUUAAAGGUCACCUUAGAUUAAAGAUGACUUACUUACCUAAAAGCAAUGGAUCUGAAGAAGAAACCACAGAACAGGCUGAGGAAUUGGAGCCUGGGUGGAUUUUAUUGGACCAACCGGAUGCUUCUAACCAGCCACAACAGCAGCAGCAGGAAUCUCCUCCACUGCCUUCAGGCUGGGAAGAAAGACAAGACAUCCUUGGCAGGACCUAUUAUGUCAAUCACGAAUUCAGAAGAACACAGUGGAAAAGACCAACUGCUCAGGACAAUGUAGCUGUAGCAGAUAUUGGUAACAUGCAGAUGGAGGCCCACCAUGCGUUCACUCAUCGGCGGCAGAUAUCAGAAGAUACAGAAAAUCUAGACAGCAGAGAUUCUCCUGAGAGCUGGGAAAUUAUAACUGAAGAUGAGGCAACUUUGUAUAGCAAUGAGAACCCUCAAAUACGUCUACCACAGAACAGUUGUGAUAUACAGACUCAUCUUGCAGAAGAGCUGAAUACCAGACUUACCACCUCUGGAAGUUCAGCUACUGGCCAGUCAGCAGCCUACACUAACCAUUCCAGCAGAAGAGGUAGUCUGCAAACAUACAGAGUUGAAGAGCAGCCUGCACAUCCAGUGUUACUGCCUACUUCAUCUGGAUUACCGCCAGGCUGGGAAGAAAGACAAGAUGAAAAAGGGAGGUCAUAUUACAUAGAUCACAAUUCAAGAACUACUACUUGGAUAAAACCAGUUGUACAGAUUGCUAUGGAAGCAGGUCAGUUGCCAACUGCACAAAAUACUUCUAUAGCAAGACAGCCACAAGCAACAUCAGGUGAUUCAUCACAACAGUCUUCUAAUCAGCAGCCUGAAAUGGAGCAAGGAUUUCUCCCUAAAGGCUGGGAAGUUCGGCAUGCACCUAAUGGGAGACCAUUCUUUAUUGACCACAAUACCAAAACUACAACAUGGGAAGAUCCAAGACUGAAAAUUCCUGCUCAUCUGAGGAGAAAGACUUCCCUAGAUCCAGUAGAUCUAGGGCCAUUACCACCAGGGUGGGAAGAAAGAACACACACAGAUGGAAGAAUAUUCUUCAUAAACCACAAUACCAAGAAAACACAAUGGGAGGAUCCUCGACUGCAGAAUGUGGCAAUAACUGGACCAGCUGUGCCUUACUCCAGGGACUAUAAGCGGAAGUAUGAGUUCUUCAGAAAGAAACUGAAGAAACAGCUUGGAUCAAGCUGUUGUUGGAUGGAGAUGUAUAUAUAUGUAUGCCUAUAUAUAGGCAUUACAUUUAAAGACAAAUUCCUUUAUUUGACCUUCAGUUAAGCAUUUCUGCAUUCAAAAAUUCAUUAGUUCUAUGUAGUAUACAUAGAACUUUAAAAUUUGAACUAUAUUGAGUUUCAUUGCAUCAUCAUAAUCUAGUCAUUGUACAGAAUGGAUUGAAACUUCC